CACAAAACCUGUGGAUUCUCUCUUUCCUACUCUGUCUCUCUCUCUUUCAAACCCAAAAACCAUGGGCAGUUUUUCUCACAAAACCGGUUGCUUCAAUUUCACACACAUUUCACUCUCUUUCUUUCUUUACCCUUUUCUUUACCUUUAUUAUAUACUUGUCUCCCUCAUAACACCAACCAACAACCCAAAAUUUCUACGUAAUUUUCUAACCCCAAUUCUCUACUUUCUUUCACCCUUUUUGUGCAUAUCAACUGUUCGAUAAAAGGGCUAGCCCAUUUCGUUCAAAGUUUGUUCCUUUUUGUUCUGUUCUGUGGUUUUUGAAUGAUGGAACCCAAUGGAAUGUUUUCUCCCAUCACUACUUCUGGUUUUGUAGGAGUAGUUGAUAAUAAUAUCUCUUUACAGCAGCAGCAACAACAACAACAGCAACAAAACCUCCCUAUUCAACAACAAAAUCCCCACCAUUUGCACCUUUCCCAAGCUGUUUCCUAUGCUCCACAUGCUCAUGACAGUGACACACAUCAUCAACAGCAUCAACAACAACAGUUACAUCAAUCAAUGAAACACGGGUACCCUCCUUUUUCUUCAUCCAGGAGCAAACAGCAGCAGCAAGGUUCUCAGGUUAGUGAUGAGGAUGAGCCAAGUUUUCAAGCGGAUGAAACUUCUGGUGGUGGUGACCUGAAGAGGAAAUUUUCGCCUUGGCAAAGAAUGAAAUGGACUGAUACAAUGGUGAGGCUUUUGAUAAUGGCUGUUUAUUACAUUGGGGAUGAAGGUGGUUCUGAAGGGACUGAUGCAAUGGGUAAUAAGAAGAAAGCAAGUGGUUUGUUGCAGAAGAAGGGGAAAUGGAAAUCUGUUUCAAGGGCUAUGAUGGAAAAAGGGUUUUAUGUUUCACCUCAACAAUGUGAAGAUAAGUUCAAUGAUUUGAAUAAGAGGUAUAAGAGGGUGAAUGAUAUUCUUGGAAAAGGGACAGCUUGUAGGGUUGUUGAAAAUCAGAAUUUGUUGGAUUCAAUGGAUUUGACACCUAAGAUGAAAGAUGAAGUUAGGAAAUUGCUGAAUUCUAAGCAUCUUUUCUUUAGGGAAAUGUGUGCUUAUCAUAAUAGUUGUGGUCAUGCUGGGGGUGGUUCUAAUGUUCAACUUCAGGUAGAAGGUGGAAGUGGAACAACAACACCUCAGAAUCAACCUCAACAACAUCAACAGCAGCCACAACAAUCGCAGCAGCAACAACAACAACAACAACAACAAUGUUUUCAUUCAACAGAAAAUGGUGUUGGGAAUUUGAGUGGUUCAGGUUUGAGGAUGUUGAAAAUGGGAAAUGGAGAAGCUGAAGAGGAGGAGGAUGAAGACGAAGACGAUGAAUCAGAGGACUUUUCUGAUGAGGAUGAAGAUGAAUCAGGAGAAGGUGGUUCAAAGUGUCAACCAGAUGAAGAUGAGAAUGAUGGAAAACCAUCAAGGAAAAGGCGAAGAAAAGGAGGACUUCCCGUUUCUAUGUCAUCAUCAUCAUUACCAUUGAUGAAUCAAAUUAGCAAUGAAAUAAGCGGUGUCUUUCAAGAUGGUGGCAAGAGUCCAUGGGAGAAAAAGCAAUGGAUGAGAAACAGAAUUUUGCAGUUGGAGGAACAGAAAAUAAGCUAUGAAUCACAAGCUUUUGAGUUGGAAAAACAAAGGUUAAAAUGGGCAAGGUAUAGUAGCAAGAAAGAGAGGGAAAUGAAGAGAGCAAAACUUGAAAAUGAAAGGAGAAGAUUAGAAAAUGAAAGAAUGGUUUUGCUUAUUAGGAAGAAGGAGAUUGAAUUGAUGAAUAUUCAACAGCAACAGCUUCAACAACAACAGCAACAUUCUUCUACUUAGAGAGUGAGGAAUGAAGAAGAUGAAUUUGUAUGAUAGAUGAAACUAGUUAUAGAUAGAAUGUAGACUAGGCUACAUAGAUGAAAUUAUUGUGGUUCUAUUUUUGGUGUUGUUAUUGAAUUUAUUUAAAAUAAUGAGUAUGUCUGUUUUUUUAUGGACUGUGAAGCUACUGUUAGAUAGAAACUCUUUGUACUAUGAAUUUG